AAACAGUCAGAUAGAUAGAUAGAUAGAUAGAUAGAUAGAUAGAUAGAUAGAUAGAUAGAUAGAUAGAUAGAUAGAUAGAUAGAUAGAUAGAAAGGCAAACAGUCAGAUAGAUAGUUAGAUAGAUAGAUAUAUAGCGCAAAGCUCUAGCUAGGCUGUGUAAAAACAAAUUCGUGGAAAACGCUAUAGGCCUACCAGGGAGAGGUAAAAAGCCCCCACUAUUUGUCAUUCGCCUGUAAAAAACCACACACCUGACGUGGUUAUCAAACUUCUAGAAGUGUGUCGUGUCAAGGUUUUAUUUAUAUCAGGGUAGAUCACCCAGGCCAUUAAAUUGUCGCUACACUUUACAGCAAUAUACAGACAUUAUGAACUGAAUAGUGUGUGCUAUUGUAUAUUUGAUUUAAACCUCGCUAUGUUUGCAUCUUGUGUGUUUAUUCGAAGAUAUAAGCAUACUUAGAACAGUAAAUAAAUGCAUUGUCUAGUGUGUUCAUUCUGAGACUUCACCCUAGCAAGGCUGUGAGGAGGCUGAAAAUGAGCAAAACAAUUAAUUUACUUCUGAUCGGUACAGCUGGCAACGGUAAAAGUGCCACCGGUAACUCAAUCCUUGGCCAGGAGAAGUUUGCCACGUCAGCUGACUUUACAGAUGCCGAGAAAUUCGUCAAGAAAGGUUCCAGUGUAUUUGAAGGCUCCACCAUCAACGUCGUGGAUGUCCCCGGCAUCGAUACGGACAACAAGAACGAGGACGUGUUCAAAAAAUUCCAGACUUUGGUCAAAAAAGCCUUCGACAUAUGUCAAGAUGGCUUCUCUGCUUUCAUUUUAGUUCUGAAAUACGGAAAUCGAUUCACGCGCCAGGAGCACGAGACGCUGAAGCUGAUCAGGUCAACCUUCGGCGAUGACGUCAUCAAAAAUCAAGUCAUCUGCGUGCUGACCCACGGCGACAUGUUCAAAGCGGAUAUGGAGCAAGACGGUGACGAGGUCGAGUUCGAGGUUUGGUCAAAGAAACAGGAAGGGGCCAUCCAGAAACUUUUUCAGGAAUGCAACUAUAGAUGCAUUCUCUUCGAUAACAAGUCUAAAGAUAAGAGUACAACCUAUGAGCAACUGAGAAAGCUUAUCGCACUGACUUGUGAGACUCUAACAUACACUGAUGAUCUAUACCAUUCAUCAGAGUCUGGUCGAUCUGAUUUAUUGGAAGAAAUCAAAGCCCCUGAACAAAACAGACAGAUCAUGGCGAUCAUUGAUACUUUUAGAUCAGAAAUGAAACAGAUAGAGCAGGAAUGUGAAAACGACUCCAGCCAUCAGAUUGAGCUUUUAAAGAAUCUAUUAGCCAGAGUUAAGGACUAUGAAAAUUGUCUCGAUGUGCCGAAAGCACUGGCGACGAAAUCUCUCAAUCCUAGAAGCAUGCUGGCUGUGUUAGUGAGUGAGCUUAAGUCGAGAACAAAAUUGUUAGAGUUAGAUCGUAAUUCAGCACCAGAGCCAACGAAGGAUGACAAGGAAAAGAUAACAGAAAACAGUUCCUUCAAAAGACAUGAAAAUAAAAGAGUCCCAAUUAGGCCUACUCCAAAAAAAGAUCCUGAUACAGCAGAACCUAAGGUGUCCGACACUGCUGAACGUCAGUGCAUAAAUCUCCUAUUGCUGGGAACAACCGGAAAUGGGAUAAGCUCUGUUGGCAACGCUAUUCUAGGGAAACCAAGAUUCCCUGUCUCAUCCAACAGUAAAAGCAGUGCAGCCGAGGUAGCUCUAGAUUCACGAGACUUCGACAUUUGCACAGUUAGGGUCAUCGAUGUCCCAGGUAUCGAUACAGACAACAGCUCCGUUGACGACUUUAACCAAUUCCAGCGAUACGUCGAUGAAGCGUUUAGGAAAUGUAAAGAUGGCUUCAACGCCGUCGUCCUGGUUUUAAAAUACGGAAACAGAUUUUCAGGCCAGGACAGUCACACGGUGAAACUCGUAACUGGGACUCUGGGAAAUUCUGUCCUACAGAAAAAUAUAAUUUGUGUCUUCUCUUACGGAGACAUGUAUCAAGAAGAUGAAAUAAUCACUUUUAAAGAUUGGUGCUAUCGGCAAGUCGGGGGGCUACGUGAUGUGUUUAAAAAGUGUCAAUACAGGUGUGUCUUGUUCAACAACAAAACCAAAGAUGAGAACAAAGUAAUCGAGCAGUUCGAAAAUCUUUUCUCUCUCACAAAACAAACACAGAAGUACUCAAACCGUGACUACAAAGCAGCCAACAGGGAGCGAAAAGGUUUUGAAAAUAAUUUCUUUACUAAAGAUCGCAUUCAGGAAUCUCUAGAAUCUUUCCUACAAAUCAUGAUCGAGUAUGAAGAAAUACUUAAUCAAUCGCAAGAGGUCGAUAGUCAAAUAGCGUUGUUAAAAAGGAAACUCCAAACGCUAAAGAGUCACGAGAGAAAGAUUUCUGGUUACGGGGAACAAUGUCAACAAGUCCUCCUGCCAUUAGUAAGACAGCUGACGGAAACAAUACAGAGAACUAUAGAGGAGAUUGACUCAGAGAGACCGACAGUGUUUAUUCGAAACUCUGGGAAUAGAAGAACCAAUGAUAGUAAUGUAUCCAGAUAUUCUACCACCAGAGACACAAGAGCUUUAAUUGGAGAACAUCCUAAUGAAUCUCAUAGACAGAAGAGCACAACAUGUUGUUCUUCGUGUGUUAUUUUAUAAACUAGACAAUUUUGAAAUAUCACUGAAAGAAGUUUAUACAUCAAUCUACACUAGCAUUUGUUAUGUGUUAAUUAUCAGAUAGUAGCUUUGAAUGUUUAAAUGAUUGUUGAAAUGUAAUGCAAUAUUGGAAAGUACAUUCUAUUUCUCUGUGUGUGAUUGAAUAUAAAGUAGUGCAUGUGUGUAUGUGUUGGGGUUAAUAUUUCUUGAUUGUAUUCUGACAUUUGCAUUCUGUAACUAGUAAAAGGUUGCUCUAGUUUAUAGAAAUCUAAAUAAACUUAUUUAAAACUUAAAAAAAGGAUUAAAAAAUGGAAUGAUUGAUUUGAAUGGAUUGUAUUAGUAAACACUUGUUUUUUUCUUGGACUGUAUAUUAGUACUAUGUUUCAAGUUAUAAUAUUCAUAUAAAUAUAUGGCUCAAUUUUCGUAUGCAUAUGCUCUGGACUGUUGUCUAGUUGGUCAGGGGUACUAAACCUGCUCUCAACAUCCUUUGAAGACCAACGGGAGGUUUGUGUAGGAGUAUCCGAAACAAACAAAGAGCAAUUAUAACGCACACGUAUAAAACCAUUCCCUUGUCCCUAGUUUUCUGUCAUUAAGUUAUGUCGUCUGCUGAAGAAUUGAAUAGAAAUAAAAUACAAAUAAAUACA